CCAUUCCCCCUGUUUCUUUUGUUCCUUCUGUAGCAUUUCAUUUUUCGUCACUGCCCAUGGUUUCUCACGCCAGCUUUCCCUUGCUAGGUGCUCAAGUCACAACCUUUAUAUAUAUUAUCAACAUCUCUCAAUCCCCUUCAAAAUACCAGAAACAGUGAUCCACUACUUAUCUUAACGUCAAGCCAAUUAUUCUCAUCAUCCUUCACUUCACAUGGAAGCUUCCACUCAACUUGGCUCCGUGCCUCCACCCAACCCUGCUCCGGUUCCGGCUCCGGUCCGCCCAUCCGCCUGCAGUGGCACGCUUGGCGGCCACUUGGCUCGGCGGCUGGUUGAGAUCGGCGUCAGCGAUGUCUUCUCUGUUCCAGGCGACUUCAACUUGACCCUUCUAGACCACCUGAUCGCCGAUCCUGAGCUCAACUUGAUCGGCUGCUGCAACGAACUCAACGCCGGCUACGCAGCAGAUGGCUACGCGCGAUCCAAGGGCGUCGGCGCGUGUGUGGUCACCUUCACCGUUGGAGGCCUCAGCGUCCUGAACGCCAUCGCUGGAGCUUACAGUGAGAACCUGCCGGUGAUCUGCAUAGUCGGUGGCCCCAAUUCCAAUGAUUAUGGCACGAAUCGGAUCCUGCAUCACACAAUCGGGUUGCCCGAUUUCAGCCAGGAGCUUCGUUGCUUUCAGACAAUCACAUGCUUUCAGGCUAUAGUGAAUAACUUGGAUGAUGCACAUGAGCUGAUUGAUACAGCGAUUUCUACUGCUAUAAAAGAAAGCAAACCUGUUUAUAUCAGUAUAAGCUGUAAUCUGCCUGGAAUUCCUCAUCCAACUUUUGCGAGAGACCCUGUUCCAUUUUAUAUUGCUCCAAAAGUGAGCAAUCAGUUAGGACUAGAAGCAGCAGUGGAAGCAACAGCUACUUUUCUGAACAAUGCCGUGAAGCCAGUGAUUGUAGGAGGACCAAAGCUUCGUGUAGCGAAGGCGCAAAAGGCGUUCAUGGAGUUUGCAGAAGCAAGUGGGUAUCCAAUAGCAGUAAUGCCAUCAGGGAAGGGUCUUGUACCUGAGCAUCAUCCACACUUCAUUGGAACAUACUGGGGAGCUGUUAGUACUAGUUUUUGUGGUGAGAUUGUUGAGUCUGCUGAUGCAUAUGUGUUUGUCGGUCCCAUCUUCAAUGACUACAGCUCUGUGGGAUACUCAUUGCUGAUAAAGAAGGAGAAAGCAAUCAUAGUGCAGCCUAAUCGAGUAACCAUUGGCAAUGGUCCUUCUCUUGGAUGGGUUUUCAUGGCUGAUUUCUUAUCUGCUUUGUCCAAGAAGCUCAAGAAAAACAGCACUGCCUUGGAGAAUUACCGGCGUAUUUAUGUGCCUCCUGGCGUACCUUUGAAGAAGGGGAAUCAUGAACCUCUUAGAGUUAAUGUUCUAUUCAAGCACAUUCAGAACCUGCUAAGUGGAGAUACAGCUGUCAUAGCUGAAACUGGAGACUCCUGGUUCAACUGUCAGAAACUUCGGCUCCCUGAGAACUGUGGCUAUGAAUUCCAGAUGCAGUAUGGGUCUAUUGGUUGGUCAGUAGGCGCUACGCUUGGAUAUGCACAGGCUGCAAAGUCUAAGCGUGUAAUCGCUUGCAUCGGUGAUGGCAGUUUUCAGGUAACAGCGCAGGAUGUUUCAACGAUGAUCCGUUGUGGACAAAGAAGCAUCAUAUUCCUGAUUAACAAUGGGGGUUAUACCAUUGAAGUUGAGAUUCAUGAUGGUCCAUACAAUGUGAUCAAGAACUGGGACUACACUGCCUUUGUGAAUGCCAUUCAUAAUGGAGAUGGCAAAUGCUGGACAGCUAAGGUGAGGACAGAAGAGGACCUGAUCGAAGCAAUUGCCGCAGUUACGGGACCGCAGAAAGAUUCACUGUGUUUCAUAGAAGUUUUUGCACAUAAAGAUGACACAAGCAAAGAGUUGCUAGAAUGGGGUUCUCGUGUGGCUGCUGCUAACAGUCGUCCACCAAAUCCUCAAUAGGAAGUUCAGUUUAGAAGGCUCCUAAUUCUGUAACAUUGUUUAUCUGAUGGAUUUGUUAUGCAGAAAUGUAGAGUAAUUGGGAAAUAAAAGUUAAAUUAGCCAAGUGUACUUGGUGUUUCACAGGGACUUUAGUCUUAUCAAUUUUGAAAACAAACCAAUGUAAGUUGUGUGUGUGUUCUCUCAUAUAUUCAAGCUUUUCCUGAAA